UCGAAGCGGUGAGCCAUCGUAAAUGUCCUACACACACGAACGAUUGACGACCACAACAGGGAGCCAUUGCUAAGUUCGAACUCGCUCACACACCGAGGAGCCAUCACAGUUAUACACAACAACCAGGCAUUGCGAAUUUCCAAAACAGAGGAGAAAACACACAGAACGACAAAUUCUAUCGGUGGCUAUCCAUCGUCGCGUUCGUCGCGAGAAGGUCGAUGACGGACAAUCGACAAAGCUCAGACGGAUGGCCAGAGGCCUUGGCACUUGCCGAAGGUCGAGUUUGUAGAGAUCGUCUCGACGACGGCCGGCUUGCCACUGUCAAGUCGAAGUCGACAGCCGGCCAGCUCCAACGCCUCUGGCCAUUGUCGAGUCGGACACGACAAUGGCCAGCCCGCCGUCGUCAAGUCGAACUCAACGAUGGGACUGUAGGGCGUCGUCGAGUCGAUGUCGACAGUGGCCAGCAGGGGGCCAUCGAGUCCAAAACACGGGCGGCAAGCGCCAAAGCCGCGGGCCAUUGUCGAGUCCGACUCGACAAUGGGGCAUCAUCGAGUCGAAGUCGACAGUGGCCAGUACGGCGUCGUCGAGUCGAACUCGACGGCUAUCAAGCGCCGAAGCCUCCGGCCACUAUCGAGUCCGACACGACGAUGACCCCAGGCCGUCGACGAUUUCGUCUCGCCAUUGUCGAGACCGACCCGGCGAUGAACCCAGGCCGUCGAGCCGGACUCGACAUUGUCGAGACCGACCCGACGAUGGCCCGGGGUUAUUGUCGAGCCGGACUCGACAUUGUCCGGGCUAAUCGUCGAGUCGGACUCGAUAAUGGCCUGUGGUCUUCGUCGAGUCGAACUCGACAAUGGCCCGGGGUCAUCGUCGAGUCGGACUCGACAUUGGCCUCUCGUCAUCGUCGAGUCGAACUCGACAACGCUCUGUGGUCAUCGUCGAGUCGAACUCGACAACGGCCCGGGGUCAUCGUCGAGUCGGACUCGACAGUGGCCGGAGGCUUUGGUGCUUGCCGGUCGUCGUGUUCGACUCUGCGACGCCUUACUGGUCACUGUCGACUUCGACUCGACGACGCCCUACUGGCCGGCCGUCGAGUUCGACUCGAUGGCGGCGGAUUGGCCAUUGUCGAGUCCGACUCGACGAUGACCACAGGCCAUUGUCAAGUUCGAUUCGACAAUGACCGCAGGCCAUUGUCGAGUUCGACUCGACAAUGCCCCCGUCGAGUUCGACUCGACGGCGGCCUCUGCAUGGGCGGAGAUGCCACGUGGCAGCACGUGGUUGAUUCACGGCGGUUUACCAUUCUCCCAGGCCUCCGCUGCUGCCUUCGAUGCGGAUGCUCAGAACUUUGCUCCGAUGCUGCGCGAACCUCAGAUGUGCGAGCGAGAUCUCCGUUGCGUUAUGCGCGAGCCUCCGAUGUGCGAGUCAACGCUCCACCGGCUUCGGACGCUUUGCGAACCUCCGCGACGCUCCUUUGCUCUCGACGAACUUGCAGAAAUGGGAAAUGGUGGGCCCACAACACUAUUUAUACUUUCUGUGGAAGGCCUGCGAGGGAAUGCGGCUUGCGGGGUGUGGGUUUCGGGACCCGGUGCCUCGGGGGGAUCAGUGUCGCGGGACCGACGUUUCGAAUCCCGGGAAAGUCUGGGCCGUCGAUCCGUCGGCUGAGGGCCAGGAUCGGGUGCGGGGAAAACCGGUGCCGAGGUGAGAAUCGGUGUCCAGCGGGCGACGAUUCGAAUCCCGGGAAAGUCUGGGUCGUCGAUCCGUCGGCUGAGGGCCACGAUCGGGUGACGGGAGAACUGGUGCCGCGGUGGGAGUCGAUGCCAAGGGGGGCGACGAUUCGGUUGCCGGUGCCAUCCGCGGCUGUUAAAACGGGCUCCGCAGAAGGAUCCAAGGGUCUUUCCCUUGCGUCGCUUCCCCAGAAAAAAGGCCGGUGCAAUGUCACCUUCGCGUCGACGUCAAAGACAGUUGCGUUGCUCCGCCACGGCAGCUGCAUUGCUGCUCCGAUUCGUGCCUUCUUUGACCCAGCACGUUCUGAACACGACCCCACCGUCGUGUUCAAACCGAUGACGGUCGUUGUCAUCGUGUCGAACACGACCGAGGUGGCAGCACCCGACCCCGCCGUCGUGUUCAAGCUAUGACGGUCGAUGUCCUCGUGUCGAACACGACCACAGGUCGUGUUCAAGACAAUGACGGUCGAGCACGGGCAUGUGCACCACAUG